UCGCUCUAGACAGUGCUCUGCGCAAGCGCAGAAAGAUUCGGGAAACUGGAUUGGGAGCUGGCGAAGUGGAGGUAAUCGUUCCGACAUGGCAGAGGUGGAGGAGACACUAAAGCGACUUCAGAGCCAGAAAGGAGUGCAGGGCAUCAUUGUGGUGAACACCGAAGGCAUUCCCAUCAAGAGCACCAUGGACAACCCCACCACCACGCAGUACGCCAGCCUUAUGCACAACUUCAUCUUGAAGGCCCGGAGCACUGUGCGGGAAAUUGACCCCCAGAAUGACCUCACUUUCCUUCGCAUUCGUUCCAAGAAAAAUGAAAUUAUGGUUGCACCAGAUAAAGACUAUUUCCUGAUUGUGAUUCAGAAUCCAACUGAAUAAGUCAUCUCUUGUCUUCCUGCAUCAUUCCUUAAUUUAAUAUUCCCCGUGAAUCUUGUUAAUCACGUCAAUCGACUGGCACUUGGCACUUGGAUAUCAACUUAGACCCUCCUCAGACCGUGCGUGGCUGCAGCUCCUCCCUCCCACCAGUGCCAUCACCCCUCAGUUCCUGGAAGGGCCCUCCUCUCUCUCAAUCACGUUUCUAGCAGAACUUGUGAGAGGCCUAUGCCUUGCAUCCUUCUGACCUUCAGUUCAUUUGUUUUUCUUUAACUAAAAAUAAUCUAGUGCUUA